CGUGUGCGCUGAACUCACUGAGUGGACCACACUGAACUCACCUUCCUUCUUCCUCAUUCUUAUAUUUAUUAUUCAACCGCGUAACCUCACUUUCACCCCUCUUUAUAAACCAACAUCCCCCUUUCUCUAACCUCUAGCCACCAUCUAUCUCAACAACAACAUUAAGUCAUACUAAAGAAUUGAAUCAAUUUAGAUCUGAAAAGCUUUCAAAUUUAUUUCAGAAACUAGUUUUUUAGUACAAGUAUGCAAACAUCUGAUUUGAGUGAUUCCAAUCAGACCCAUUACUGGAGACCUACUCAGCGUAUGGAUACGAAUCUAUACGCCGGUGAUGUAAGCCAAGAAAGCUUGUUUUUGGUUCAGACACCCGAACCGGCCCACAAUUCGUCUUCUUCGGUCAGCUUCUCCCCGGAUAGAUUCCAGCCCGACCCGCAUCAUUCACCCGACUACACUUACCCGUCUAUGUUGGAAACUGAUCAAGCUUUCGGAGGAAAUGUUGAUGAGUUGCAUGUCAGGCUUAGUGAGAUCGAAGCUAUGCUGGGGACCGAUCAAGAUUAUGCGGAAUCGUUUGAUGUUUCUUCGAAUUGGGGGAGAAACGAUGUGAAUUCGAAUAGCGAAGAGUACAGAAUAAUGGAAGAUAUUGUUGCUAGGGGGGACUUGAAACAGGGGCUUCUUGUUUGUGCUAAAGCAGUUGCGGAGAACAACGCAGUAAAAGCGGAUUUGCUGAUAUCGAUGUUACGCCCGUUGGUUUCGGUUUCUGGGGAGCCUAUACAGCGAUUGGGGGCGUACAUGUUAGAAGGGCUUGUGGCCCGUUUAUCUUCUUCGGGUAGUUUUAUCUACAAAGGUUUGAAAUGCAAAGAACCGACUGGCGGUGAGCUCUUUUCUUACAUGCUGUUACUCUAUGAAGCAUGCCCAUAUUUCAAGUUCGGUUACUUGUCUGCUAAUGGUGCGAUCGCUGAAGCUACGAAGAAUGAAGAUCGGAUUCAUAUAAUAGAUUUUCAGAUUGCACAGGGCGGUCAAUGGGUUACUCUUAUCCAGGCUCUAGCGGCUCGACCUGGCGGUCCACCAAGCCUACGCAUCACCGCUAUUGACGAUGCUAGAAACGCGUUCGCUAGAGGUGGUGGACUUAACAUCGUCGGUCAACGACUUAAGAAACUGGCGGAAGCGUGUAAAGUCCCGUUUGAGUUUAACGGUUUGGUGGUUUCCGGUUCUGAUAUUCGAACUGAACAUCUUCAGGUUCAGCCCGGUGAGGCGUUGGCGGUUAACUGCGCGUUCGUUAUGCAUCAUAUGCCAGACGAGAGUGUCGAUCCACAGAACCACAGGGACCGAUUGUUACGUCUCAUAAAAAGUUUGUCACCAAAAGUCGUGACACUCGUUGAGCAAGAAGCGAAUGUGAAUACCGCAAAGUUCUUUCAUAGGUUUCAAGAAGCAUUGAGCUACUACUCAGCUAUGUUCGAUUCGAUCGAUGCGACUUUACCUCGAGAUCACAAAGAUCGAAUCAGCGUUGAGCAGCAUUGUCUUGCUGGUGAAAUAGUUAACAUUUUGGCGUGUGAGGGGGUUGAGAGAGAAGAGAGGCAUGAAGUAUUGGCGAAAUGGAAGUCGCGGUUCACCAUGGCUGGGUUCAGCCCGUACCCGUUGAGCUCGUACGUGAACGCUACGAUUAAGAGCCUGCUCGAGAACUAUUGUGAUAAGUAUAGACUUGAAGAGAGAGAUGGGGCUUUGUUUCUUGGAUGGAUGAAUAGGGAUUUGGUGUCUUCUUGUGCAUGGAGAUAAAAUGGUAGUUAGGUUUGUAAGUUUUAGGUGGCUCUGGUCCGAUCUUGUGUGUAAUGUGUCAAAAUACAUUGUGGUAAUAAACUUCUGUUUUUAGAAUUA